CUGAGGUGAGUCCCUUGAGCAAGUCACCGAACCCCCAACUGCUCCCCGGGCGCCGCAGCGAUAGCAAUAUGGGUUCACUACUGUGUGUGUGCACUUGGAUGGGUUAAAUGCACAGACAACAACAGAACACAUUGUUAUGUGUCACUGGUAAAUUCGGUCUUUUCACUCUUGAGCAGAGCAGCGCAGCGCAGCGUUCCGCCUGCAGGACAAACCGGGCACUGCCGCUGCGGGCGGGGGAUGGAGGGGAAUCAAGCAGAUUAACGGUGGAAAAACGACAGGCGCAGCAUUGUCUGUUUACAUCGGUGUUUUCUAGGUAGAUUUCUGUUACCUGUUCCGUGAUAGUGGAUUUACAGCGACAGUAUUCCCUAAGCUUAAUGAAUAAAUCCGAUCGAUGGCGACCGAAUGCAGCCAAGAAGCGGUUUUAUAUUUCAUAAAGGGGAGAGGAGGGCGCGUGAAAAACGUGGAUUUAACCGAUCAUUUUCGAGCGACAAUGCCCAAAGAUCCUGCAUCGAAGCAGGUGGCAAAGGAAGCCUUUAAACGGUAUGUAGACAGCGUGGCUUACGUUAAAGAGGAAAAUGGCGAGAAAUACGUUUGCCUUAAAAAGAGAUUUAGGAAAUCAUCGGCCUCGAACGAGAAGAGUGACAGAAAUAGUCCAGCUGAUGAGCGCAAAUCCCCUGGAGAAUACGCCGUGGAAAACAGAAAGCACAUGUCCUCGGAGGCCUCCGAAAGCAAGAGCGGAGUAAAGGAAGGGAUGUUACCUGGCUCAGGUUACGGAACUGGUAAUGCGGGAGGUGCAAAAUCACAGCCGGAUUUUUCUGUCAAGUUUUCAGAGGGUGUGAACGGCAGGACAGAAUCUGAACUCAUGGGGAAUUCAAGCAGCAGCAGCAGCAGCGCGGCGGCGGACAAAACCGCUUUAGGGGUGAAAACGAAGCACUCACAGGCGGCAGAUAAAGCUCCGAGAGCCGAGAUAUCCGCGAGAGAGCCCGACGCGACUGUGUGCAAUCCGGCAUGUUCACAGAGAAAUCAAACCGACACCGCUGAAGUGAAAGACGAGUCACAGGAAGAGGCUGGAAAGGAAAACAGACCUCAGCGUGUGAGACUUCGGCAAAUCAAUCAUUCGACAGACGAAGAGCAGCCGGACUCCGCCAGCAACACGCCAAAAAACAGCCGCAAACAUGUAGUCGGGGCUGUGACGAACUGUUCGCCUCAGGUUCGUCGCAGCGUCUAUCUCUCGGGCAGAUGCAAAGACUGUCCGCGGGGCGACAGCGACUAUGAGCCCGCCGCGGUGACGCUCGAACCGCUGGAACACGAGUGGAUGAUGUGCGCGUCCGACGGCCACUGGGACAGUCUCCACCGGCUGCUCGUCAGAGAUCCCAGCCUCCUAUCGAGGAAGGACUUCGUGACAGGAUUCACCUGCCUGCACUGGGCGGCAAAGCUCGGAAAACACGAACUGAUCGUAAUGCUCGUCAAUUUUGCCAAAGAACGCCAAGUCACUUUGAACGUCAACGCGCGUUCCAGCGCGGGCUACACGCCUCUGCAUUUAGCUGCGAUGCACAGCCACCUCGAGGUCGUCAAAUUGUUAGUCGGGGCGUUUGACGCCGAUGUGGAGGCGCGAGAUUACAACGGGAGGAAAGCGUGUCAGUACCUGAAGAGCGACAUUGCGCAAAACAUCCUGGACAUCGCGGGCGCCUGCGUGGAGUCUGACGCGGACGGCAUGGAUGCAGGAGACGCGAGUCGCUGGAGAUUGUCAAGAGUUAUUCAGUCCAACUUCAGACCUCUGAAAGCUCAGAACCACAACAGCAGCGAAGAGGACGGCAGCGGCUCGACUAAACAGAAAUCUCUCCGCAGGAAAUCGUCCUUCACUAAAAUGAAACCCAGUCUCAAUAAAAUCCGCAUGAGGUCGCAGAUAGUUCACAGCACUUCUCUCCUUGACAAAUUUGAGAAAGAUACUACAGAAGAGUCUCCAAACCCCUUAAGACCCAAAUCAAACCUCUUUGGGUGAGGAAAUGCACUGAAUAUCUGCAGCUUUCAUUUGCCGCUUUUGUUCAUGUAUUGUGAUGCUGAAUUUUAAAGUAGUCUUCCAAAACAAAACGAAGGUAUGAUAUUGAUUCUCUUCCUUCUGGUCUUGUUGAGCAAGUAAUAACUGAACACAACACACAGUAUAUGAAACCUUCUUUCAAGAGACACUGUAAUGUCUUAUGAAUUCUGAAUAAUGCUCUCCGAGAUGCAGACAACGAACUCUAGUUUAGAAGAAACAGUGUUAAGAUUUUGUCCGACUUGUAAAUUAGUGUUUUUAUUUUGUUAAACUAAAUUGUUUGUAAAUAACACCCACCAGCUGUUACUUACUCAAACUAACUUACUGUUGAAUAUCCUGAGCUAGAGUUCAUGUGAAAUUGUGCACUUCUGUUCCCAUUUAUCUGUUCUGUAUCUUCAUGUAUUUGUGUGUGGAUUAUCUGGUGCUUUCCCAGCAGGUGAUUUGUGAUAUACAUACAUUUUUUCAUAGGGAACUGUUUUGAAAUUCCAGUCACCCAUCAGACAAAUCUGAUGCUUAAAGGACUUUAAACAUUUUUUUGUGACAUGUGAAUAAAGUGAAUAUUGUAUGUAAUCUCAAAUAGUAGCAUAUUUCCUGGGCUUUUGAUUUGUAGUGUUCUGAAGACUUCACUAUUGUCACGCACUUGCAGGCUUUAUUUCACAGAAGAACACUGACUGAUGAUGCCUUUGCCAAAUUCAUUCAAAUACAAUGAGGGAAAUCCUGGAUGUACUGCGUUUAGGAUCAUUUGAAGAUAUGAUAUUCAAGGAUUGUGUGUCAGUGUUUAUUUAUUUAAUUUUUGUUUAAUUAUUUGUUUGUUUCUGUAAAGGGUCAUGACAUGAAGAUAUUCAAGAUAUAGUUUAUAUAGGGUGACCAUUCAAGAUAUAGAUAUAUGUGAGAUAUAGUGUUAUAUUGUACUAUAAAAACUCAAAACCUCCUCCUCACAGCAAGAAGUGUUAUUAUUUAUACUAACCAGCAAAAAAAAUUACUCAUUCUAUAUUUCCAUUACAUUGCUUGUCCCGCAUACGGAUGGAGCAGGACAAACACUGUUCCCACAAACCGAAAGCUGCUAUGGAGGGUUAUUCAUAGAGGAUAUAUUCUUUCUCUCUGUUAAUUGCUGGUUUAUGUAAACACACCAAGCUAGAAAGUUUUUUUUUUUUUUUAUAGCAUAUUUUAUUUACAGUAGCAAUUCAAAGUGCUUGACAUAAAACUGAUUAAAUCAUCCAAAGUCAUAAAAAAAUAGAAAUAAUAAUAUUUUUUGUUAAAGGUAAUGUAUAAAAAGAAAUCAGGUGUAAAUAAAAGACAGAUGGGUGUCUGAUGGUUGGGAUGCGUCUCGCUGUAUACUGCACAUUUAACUUGAGAUGAACAAUGAAGUUCAACGUUUGUGCUGCAUAAACCUGUUUUAAAUAAAACAAAGAAAUAAAAUCCAUCCUUCUGUUUUUUGUUUUUCAACAUAAAAAUGCUACACACAGUCUUUGAGUUCUCAAACUGCCCCUAUUAUAUAGAUCUAUAUGAAUACAAUCUGAACCUAUUAA